CGGGCCGGAGGAGGGGCGGGCCCGCCCGCGCGGAUCGGAGCCGAGCCAAGCGGCCGGGACUGGGCGCGACCCGGGCCAGCGUAGGCGCAGGAGCGGGCGGAGCCGAUCGCGGGCUAUGCUGAGGCUGACGGCAGCCGGGGCCCGAGCCAUCGUGGACAUGUCGUACGCCCGUCACUUCCUGGACUUCCAGGGCUCCGCCAUCCCCCGAGCCAUGCAGAAGCUGGUGGUGACCCGGCUGAGCCCUAACUUCAGCGAGGCCGUCACCCUGCGCCGGGACUGCCCAGUGCCGCUCCCCGGGGACGGAGACCUCCUCGUCCGGAACCGAUUCGUUGGUAUUAACGCAUCCGACAUCAACUAUUCUGCUGGCCGCUAUGACCCCUCCGUGAAGCCCCCCUUUGACAUAGGUUUUGAAGGGAUUGGUGAGGUGGUAGCCUUAGGCCUCUCUGCUAGUGCUAAGUACUCAGUGGGCCAGGCUGUGGCUUAUAUGGCUCCUGGUUCUUUUGCUGAGUAUACAGUGGUGCCAGCCAGCAUUGCCACACCGGUGCCUUCAGUAAAACCCGAGUAUCUCACUCUGCUGGUUAGUGGCACCACUGCAUACAUUAGCCUGAAAGAACUUGGAGAGCUGUCAGAAGGGAAGAAGGUUUUGGUUACAGCAGCCGCCGGGGGGACAGGCCAGUUUGCUGUACAACUUUCAAAGAUAGCCAAGUGUCAUGUCAUUGGAACCUGCUCCUCGGAGGAAAAGUUAGCUUUUCUGAAAUCCAUUGGGUGUGAUCGCCCCAUCAACUACAAAGCAGAGCCGGUGGCGACAGUUCUGAAGCAGGAAUACCCUGAAGGUGUCGAUGUAGUCUAUGAGUCUGUUGGGGGAGCCAUGUUUGACCUGGCAGUGGAUGCCUUAGCCCUCAAAGGGCGUUUGAUGGUGAUUGGGUUCAUCUCUGGCUACCAAAGCCCUACGGGGCUUUCACCAGUGAAGGCAGGAGCUCUACCUGUGAAGCUCCUGAGGAAGUCUGCCAGACUCCAGGGGUUCUUUCUGAACCACUAUUUAUCCAAGUACCAGGCCGCCAUGGAACACUUGCUGGAGCUGCACAGUCGUGGGGAGCUGGUCUGUGAGGUGGACCUGGGACACCUAGCUCCAGGGGGAAGGUUCAUCGGCCUGGACUCCAUAUUCCGGGCUGUUGACUAUAUGUACACCGGGAAGAAUAUUGGAAAACUUGUGGUUGAAAUACCUCACAGUGUCAGCAGUAAACUAUGACAACGGAACAAUGACGGAGACCAAAGGAGAAAGAAAAAGAGUUCUCCAUGCCUUAGAACGAACACAAAUGUAGUGUUAAUGAAUUCAACUCCCCCCCCCCUUUCCUUGGGGGUAAAAAUAAUACGCUUCAAUAAAAGUUCUCUCUAUAGCUAAGAGGUAAAACGUUUACAUUCGAUUCUUUAGUCGUGGACAGUCUCAGUCCAGGUUUUAUUGUUCCAGGGAACUAAAUUAAUUCCUGAUGCGAGACCUGAUCGAGUCAGUAUGUCCCCAGCUUGAUGAGAUUUUUAAGUCGGUCUUCAAACCGCUCACCGAGUCUCCUUUGCUGGAAGAGGCUGCUCUUUGUGUUAAUAAGUACUUCCCAGGUGACCAGGUAGUGCCGGGGUCAGGUAUGCUCACAGUCCAUAUGCUUAGCAAGGAGCCCCAAGGAUCUCAGGAGACGUUUGGGGGAGAACUGUCCACAUUUGAUCCUGUUUCGUUAUUGGGAGGAGAAUGAUGGAUCGACUCGUUGGUGGCUCGAAUUCACAGCCUUUUAAGAUUGUGAAGAAAAUGUUCCUGUUCUAGAAAGAAAUACUAUUAGGGACAGAGUGGGUUUGGGAAAGCAAGCUAUGGUUUGGGGGACUUCGGGAGAACUAAUGUGUGCAAAGGAAGGAAGAUUCUAUGCCACCUCCCCAGGAAAGCUCUCGUCCUGUAAUCUCAGGGACCACAGAAGGGGGCUCACUCUAGCAUGGUCAAGGUUAAAAACAGCUACUUCCUGUCCCCAAAGAGUAGAUGUCACAUCGUUCCAAACACGGGAGACUAAUUCCAAAAUCAAAACCGUUUGCUUCCCCUCAAAGGCGUGGUAUGGAAGGCUUGAUGUCGGGUGGUGGAAGCUGAAUGGCAGGCAGGUGUCCUGCGUUCCAACUCGGCGUCAGAGAGAAAGGAGCCACCUGCUCUAGGGUUGUGUCCUGGUGCAGUCCUGUCUGCCAGCCUGCGAGCCGCUUCUCUUCAAACUGCACCAGAGCUGGUCUGCGUGCCCUUCACCUUCCGUGUCCAAGGGCUGCCUGCCACUUUUGUGGUGGGAUCAAAACCCCAAAGUGCCUUACCGUUUGAAGGUGAAGCCUGUCGGAUGAUUCUAAGACCUGGGUUUCAGUACAUCAAACGGGCUUAAUCAACGGGACUGCAAUUAAGAGAGCUCUGUGAACGUUGGGGGCAAGAUUGAAUUCUUGGCUGGCAUCUGAGGAGCAAAGAGAUCCUGUUUCUGAGUAGCUGUUAGUAUCUAUUUUACAAGAUUUACUCAUUCCCAGGUACCUAAUGUAGCUGCUAGCAUGCAUGCACAACAAUACAAUUUAUAUGGUAAAUGGAACCAAAUAAUGGCUUCACUGAAUGUUAUGGCCGCACUGAAGGGAAAUGUCACGGUAAAUAGCUGCCAAAUUACGGUCAUGCCGCAGCGUCACAACCGCACUGAAGACAAAUCGCACCAGAGGCUAUUGCCACUGUGACGCCUCUGAGUUAUGAAGAGGGGUAGCAGCCUGACGCGAGGCUCUUUGUGUCCUCGUCAUCGCAGAAGGCUGCCGGUGCAGGGGACGUGAGACGCAGGCGCGUCCGAUGUGCUGCGCAGUUAUUAAUCUGUCCCUUUCAGACCCGGCCACUGUAGCAGGGGAGACUCUGCUGGCUCUCCCGGACACAAACAUAACAGGCGGGGAGGGAGGGCAGGCUCUGUGAAUGUUAGCGUGCUCAGGAAAUGACUGGUAAUGGAAAAACGUCGUAAUAAAAUAAUCUAAUCAAAGACUA